AUGGAGGUGAAAGAUAGCAAGAUUGAGUCUGACGUGAUAUUAUCCUGCUGGAUUUAUGCAGUCUCUACACAUGUUCAAGAUGGAGUUCGUGUACGUGUAGUCAACCUCCCUAAGAAAAAGAACAUCCACAGAGAUCUACAAUUAGCUUUUAAAGGAGUUCCUGGAGUAUUAAAUAUAAUCCCGACUGUUACUGGGAACAAAAAGACCAGGGAUCCUAUCUGCAAAGGCGUUGCUUUCAUAUAUUUUCAGUCCGAGGAUGAGGCACAAAGGUUUGUGCAGAAUUUCUCAGGACAAAGUAUAAGCUUUGGUAAGAUUCAAAAGCAGAUUAAAUGUAACGUGAUGAAUUCCAACUCGGCCAAUCUUGCUAGUGAACAAUCCGGGGACGAGACUGAUAGCACUCCUGUACAAGCAGCAAUCGGUCUUGAUGAAGCUUCGGAUUCUGAUAUAGACGUGGAUGAUAAUUUGCUAGCUUCAUCGGAGAAAAGUUUCCCUAGAGAGUAUGAUGAUGCGGACGAGAGCUACAUAUCUGCACAAUGGGAGGAUAACAGAGAAAAUUUUGAUACUUCGAGUAUCUCAGUGUCUGAAACAAGUCCAUCCUCCUCAAAGAAGGAAAGAAAACUGAAAGUGAAAGAUAAAAGGGUAGCAUCUAAAAGAAGCAAAGACAAGAUUCCGAAGAUAAACACUCUAGGAUCUGCUAAUAGGUUAAAGAUCAGAGAGAAAGCAGUGCUUACGGAUGUGUUCUCCAAAUAUGGAACAACUUCAAAUAUGGCUGUUAAAGAACAGAGCUGA